AUGAGGACUGAGAACCAGAGCAGAGUGUCAGAGUUCCUCCUCCUGGGGCUCCCUAUCUGGCCAGACCAGCAGGCUGUGGUCUUCGCCCUCUUCCUGCUCAUGUACCUGACCACGGUGCUGGGGAACCUGCUCAUCAUCCUGCUCAUCAGGCUGGACUCUAGCCUCCACACCCCCAUGUACUUCUUCCUCAGCCACUUGGCUCUCACUGACAUCUCCUUUUCAUCUGUCACUGUCCCAAAGAUGCUGACAAAUAUGAGGACCCAGCACCUAUCCAUCACCUCUGAGGGUUGCAUUUCACAAACAUAUUUUUUCAUAUUCUUUGCUGACUUGGACAGUUUUCUUAUCACUUCAAUGGCCUAUGACAGGUAUGUGGCCAUCUGCCAUCCUCUACAUUAUACCACCAUUAUGAGUCAGAGCCUUUGUGUCAUGCUGGUAGCCGUGUCCUGGGUCAUUGCUUGUGCUUGUGCUCUUUUGCAUACCCUCCUCCUGGCCCAGCUUUCCUUCUGUGUUAAAAAUACUGUACCUCACUUCUUCUGUGACCUUGGUUCCCUGCUUAGGUUGUCUUGCUCAGACACCUCCCUCAACCAAUUGGUAAUCUUUACUGCAGGUCUGACAGCCAUUAUGCUUCCGUUUCUGUGUAUUCUGGUUUCUUAUGGUCGUAUUGGGGUCACAGUCCUCCAGGUUCCCUCUACCAAGGGCAUCUGCAAAGCCUUGUCCACAUGUGGAUCCCACCUCUCAGUAGUGAUUCUCUAUUAUGCAGCAAUUAUUUUUCUCUAUUUUCUUCCCUCCUCCAUCAACAGCAAUGCCAAUGAGAUAAUUGCUUCAGUGAUGUACACUGUGGUCACUCCCAUGUUGAAUCCCUUCAUUUACAGCCUGAGAAAUAAAGAUAUGAAAGGGGCAUUCAGAAAACUGUUUAAUAAGAAAACAUACUCUUCCAACUGA